UACUUUCUGCUUUCAGUUUAACUUUAGUUUUUUAGUUUAGCUUUUAUAAAAAAGAAAAAAACUGAAAACUAAAAAAAACUUACAAAACAGCUAUUACUAAAAUUUCAAAAGUGCCCAAGGAAAUAACACCAAAAUUCUAAAACAAAAUAAAAUAACGAACCGUGGCGUGAGGUACACAAAUGCAAGCAAUGUCCCAACACCAUCCUAAUCCACAACAAAAAAGUAAUCAACAUGCAAAUGUUGGCACCAAUAAGAAAAAAGAAGAAACAAGACGAAAAUUAGAGCAACAAAAUCUUAAAACCAAACUUAUUGAAGUGGAAGGUGCAGGCGAUGGGGGAACCGUAAAACCGAAUCACCAGCAUGAUCACUCCAAUUGUCAGCUAUUAAAGUCAAAGAGCCCCCUACAAGCAACAACUGGUAUAUAUAAUCAGACGAAACAUAAGGGGUCAAUUACGAGUAUGGAUCAGCUGCAGCAACAAAUGCAAUCAAUUUUAUUAUGUAGUGAAGCGAAUGAAAAACCGCAAAACUGUCAACAUCGAAAGAAUUCAGGUUCCCGUCGUAAUUCCUUGGAUCAAGAACUAGAACCUGCACAACAACACCCCAAUUCUGAAAACAACCGACCACUAAGCAAAUCCGCGCGUUUACGACAAAGACGUAAAGCUGCGCAAAGAAACAAAUAUGUUGCCAUGGAUUGUGAAAUGGUUGGCGUGGGUCACAACGGCCAAGACGACAUGUUGGCACGCGUAUCUAUCGUAAAUAAACAGGGUGAAGUUUUGUUAGAUAAAUUUGUUAAACCAUGGAUCAAGGUCACUGAUUAUAGAACAAGUGUAUCUGGUAUCAGACCAAAGGACAUUGAAAACGGGGAAGAUUUUCAUUUGGUGCAGGAUGAAGUUGUUGAACUGCUUCAUGGUAAAAUUCUUGUUGGUCAUGCCAUACGCAACGAUUUGGCUGUGUUAUACAUCAAACACCCGUACAAAAAUAUACGCGACACUGCCCGAUAUAAGCCAUUAUGCCGCCUCGUUUCAAACGGACGCACACCGAGCCUUAAACUACUAAGCCAGGCAAUUUUAGGUUUAGAAAUACAAACAGGGGAGCAUAAUUCCGUUGAGGAUGCUCGCGCUGCUAUGAAAAUUUAUAACUGUCUAAGCGGAGACUGGGAAAAAUAUAUACAAAAGCAACAACAUAAUCACCAUAAAUAGUAAAGCAACUUGUGUUCUCAAAACCCAUAAGCCACUUUCAUAUUUUUCUACUUGUAAUCUAUGAGAUGAUUAAGUGAUUUAGACUUAAGUUGCUAAUAACGCACCUCACGUCAUGACAUAAAUAUAAAACAAAGAAUUCCAAAUGUUUUGCAUGGAAGAGAAAAAAAUACAAAUUUAAAAAUCAUAACAACAAUUUAGUAAACUUUUACAAUUAACACAUCUAUAAUAAUUUCCGAGCAAAAAAUUCUGUAAUUUUCAGAAGCGAAACUUCGUUGAUCUUAACUAGCAGAAUUUGAGCCAGUAGCAGUUGUGUAGUGCGUUUUAUGUUACUUAUAUUAAUGUAAAUGUAAUUGCUAGUAAAGGAAGACUAAUAAUUAUUGUUAAAGCCAACAAUACAAAAUGUUAAGAACCAUUCAACAUAAUUUUAAUUAAAAAUGAUUGUUUUACACAUA